AAACGAAUCCGACUGAGAGUAAAGAGCAACUUUCCGCUUCAUCUUAAACGCAAAAAUAUUGGCUCUCCACUUCCCCAUUCCUGUCAGGUGAACAAAGAUGGCAGGAAAAGGCGGAAAAGGGCUUUUAGCGGCGAAAACAACCGCAAGUAACAAGAACAGGAAGCGCCCGGUUUCUCGUUCAUCUCGUGCCGGUAUUCAAUUCCCAGUGGAUCGUAUACACCGUCAUCUCAAGUCCAGAGCAUCUGCAAAUGGCCGAGUUGGGACGACGGCUGCUGUUUACUUGGCCUCUAUCCUUGAGUACUUGACUGCGGAGGUUCUUGAGUUGGCUGGAAACGCAAGCAAGGAUUUGAAAGUGAAGAGAAUCACUCCGAGGCACCUGCAGUUGUCCAUUAGAGGGGAUGAAGAGCUUGACACCCUUAUCAAAGGUACCAUCGCUGGAGGUGGUGUCAUCCCUCACGUUCAUAAGUCCCUAAUCAACAAAAUUACUAAGGAUUGAUUACUUUUCCCUAUUUUAACUCGAUGAGGUACUUCAAUAUGUGCUUUAAUUGUGUUUGCUGUGUAUGUUGCUGGGAUUGCUGUUUUGGACUCGAGGAUCUUUGUUUAU